AUGGGGGCCUUUCCCACAUUGUUUUUUUUCGAUCAAAAAAAUAAAAAAAAAAAAAAAAGAAAAUUGAGAAAUUUUAAAAAAAAAAAAUCACCCCAAAAUAUCGGCACCCCUUUUCGUGUAAAAACCGCGCCGGUGAAUUUUUCCAAAAAAAAAAAAGAAAAAAAAAAUUAA